GAGAAUUAGUGCUUAUGGAAUGACUGGUCCAGGAUGAUUCCCAGCUCAUGAGAUGGCAGAUUGACUGGAAGGCCAAAAUCGCCAGGAGGAGAGUAACAGUUACCGAUGCCUCAUCAACGCACGGUGCCAGACCUCUUCAAAAGAAAUUACCUUCUGGAAAACAACCUAUUCCUGAUACUACACGAGCCUGAUAACAUCGCAGCUGAUGAUAACAGAGGCCCUGCACCGCCCCUAUGGUUGCGAUGUUGAACCCCAGGCACUGAAUGAAGCCAUCCGAUGGAGCUCCAAGGAGAACCUGCUCGGAGCCACUGAGAGCGACCCCAAUCUCUUUGUUGCACUUUACGAUUUUGUAGCAAGUGGCGACAACACGCUCAGCAUCACCAAAGGUGAGAAGUUGCGAGUCCUGGGUUACAACCAGAACGGUGAAUGGAGCGAGGUACGUUCGAAGAACGGGCAGGGCUGGGUACCCAGUAACUACAUCACACCCGUGAACAGCCUGGAAAAGCACUCGUGGUACCACGGCCCAGUGUCACGCAGUGCAGCAGAGUAUCUGUUGAGCAGUCUCAUCAAUGGCAGCUUCCUGGUUCGUGAAAGCGAGAGCAGCCCGGGGCAGCUAUCCAUCUCGCUCAGGUACGAAGGACGUGUUUACCACUACAGGAUCAAUACCACCUCGGAUGGAAAGGUGUAUGUGACAGCAGAGAGCCGUUUCAGCACACUAGCAGAGCUGGUGCACCAUCACUCAACAGUAGCAGAUGGAUUGGUGACAACUUUGCAUUAUCCAGCACCCAAGUGCAAUAAGCCCACUGUCUACGGGGUGUCCCCCAUCCAUGACAAGUGGGAGAUGGAGCGGACUGAUAUCACCAUGAAGCACAAACUUGGGGGAGGGCAGUAUGGCGAGGUGUACGUUGGUGUCUGGAAGAAAUACAAUCUCACAGUUGCUGUGAAAACAUUGAAGGAAGACACCAUGGAGGUGGAAGAGUUCUUGAAAGAAGCUGCUGUGAUGAAGGAGAUCAAGCACCCAAAUCUAGUGCAGUUGUUAGGUGUGUGUACCCUGGAGCCCCCCUUUUACAUCGUGACAGAAUACAUGCCCUAUGGGAACCUGCUGGAUUAUUUACGGGAAUGCAACCGGGAGGAAGUGAGUGCUGUCGUGCUGCUCUACAUGGCCACCCAGAUCUCCUCAGCCAUGGAGUACCUGGAGAAGAAGAAUUUCAUUCACAGGGACCUCGCAGCACGGAACUGCUUAGUUGGAGAAAAUCACGUGGUGAAGGUGGCUGACUUUGGCUUGAGUCGACUGAUGACUGGAGACACCUACACAGCUCAUGCUGGGGCCAAGUUCCCAAUCAAAUGGACAGCUCCUGAGAGCUUGGCCUAUAACACCUUCUCAAUCAAAUCAGAUGUGUGGGCCUUUGGGGUGCUGUUAUGGGAAAUUGCUACCUAUGGGAUGUCACCGUACCCAGGCAUUGACCUUUCUCAGGUGUAUGAUCUGCUGGAAAAGGGCUAUCGGAUGGAACAACCAGAGGGGUGCCCUCCAAAAGUUUACGAACUGAUGAGGGCAUGUUGGAAGUGGAACCCACCAGACCGACCUUCCUUUGCUGAGACCCACCAGGCCUUUGAAACCAUGUUCCACGACUCGAGCAUCUCAGAGGAGGUAGCAGAGGAGCUUGGAAGAACAGCCUCCUCCUCAUCCAUAGUUCCUUACUUGCCUCGCUUACCCAUGCUUCCCUCCAAGACUAGAACACUGAAGAAACAGGCAGAGAAUAAGGAGAACAUUGAAGGAACACAAGAUGCUGUGGAGCACUCGGCCUCCAGCUCAGCACCAGGAUUUAUCAGAAGCACACAGCCAACGAGUGGGUCUCCUGCGCUGCCUCGCAAGCAGAGGGACAAGUCACCCAGCAGCCUGUUGGAGGAUGCCAAAGAGACCACUUUCACCAGGGACAGAAAAGGUGGCUUCUUCAGCUCCUUUAUGAAGAAGAGGAAUGCCCCCACGCCUCCCAAGCGCAGCAGUUCCUUCCGGGAGAUGGAGAAUCAGCCCCAUAAGAAAUACGAGCUGACGGGUAACUUUUCAUCUGUUGCUUCCUUGCAGCAUGUGGAUGGGUUCUCUUUUGCUCCCACGCAGCAGGACGCAAGCCUGGCGCCACCAAAGUGCUAUGGUGGGGGCUUUGUGCAGAGGACCUUCUACAAUGAUGAUGGCACUGGCACCAGCAGUGGUGGGGGCGUGAGCACCGGUGGUGGGUGGUCGGGCAUCACUGGUUUCUUUACACCACGCUUGAUUAAAAAGACACUGGGUUUACGAGCAGGAAAACCCACUGGCAAUGAAGAAGCUUCAAAGCCUUUUCCAAGGUCAAACUCUACAUCUUCCAUGUCCUCAGGGCUUCCAGAGCAGGAUAGGAUGGCAAUGACCCUUCCCAGAAAUUCCCAGAGGUCAAAAAUCCAGCUGGAACGGACAGUGUCCACCUCCUCUCAGCCUGAUGAGAGCACGGGGAAGGCCAAUGACCUGCUUCCCAAAAGGUUUGAAGAAGGCCCCGCUUUGACCAGAGAGAGACCAAAAGCAAAACUCUUGCCGAGGGGUGCCACAGCGCUCCCCUUCCGAACCCUCUCCGGAUCAGAAGAAAAGGAAGGUCCAGGGCUAGCAGCAGCUCCUAAGGGCAAAGAAAAAAACAGUGGCCCACGGCAAGGGGUCCUUGAGGAUGGCGAGAGACCGGGGUGGUCAUCUCCAGUAAAGGCUGCAGCAAUACUUCCAACCACUCAUAACCACAAAGUGCCAGUCCUAAUCUCACCCACUCUAAAACACACUCCAGCAGACGUGCAGCUCAUUGGCACAGACUCUCAGGGUAAUAAAUUUAAGCUCUUAUCUGAGCAUCAGGUCACUUCUUCCGGCGACAGGGACCGGCCCAGACGGGUAAAACCAAAGUGUGCUCCACCUCCACCACCAGUGAUGAGGCUCCUACAACAGCCAGCUGCCUGCUCAGAUGCAGCGGAAGAGCUGAGCGCCGCGGCGGGAGCGCAGCACGGACUGGAACCAAGCGAAGGCAGUAAGAAGGCAGCAGCAGCAGCAGCACCUGUUGGUGGAAAAUCCGGGAGGCCAGUGGUGCCUCCACCUCAAGUGCCUCUGUCAUCGUCUUCCACCUCCCCGGUGAAAAUGGCCAACGGCACGGCUGGCGCAAAGGUGGCGCUGAGAAAGACCAAACAGGCAGCUGAGAAAAUCUCCGCAGACAAAAUCAGCAAAGAAGCGCUGCUGGAGUGCGCGGAUCUUCUCUCGAGUGCCAUCGCCGAGCCCACACCAAACAGCCAGCUGGUGGACACGGGGCACCAGCUGUUGGAUUACUGCUCAGGCUACGUGGACUGCAUCCCGCAUACGCGCAACAAAUUUGCCUUCCGGGAAGCCGUGAGCAAACUGGAACUCAGCCUGCAGGAGCUGCAGGUGUCCUCAACAGCUGCUAGCGUCCCUGGGGCAAACCCCGUCCUUAAUAACUUAUUGUCAUGUGUCCAAGAAAUCAGCGACGUGGUGCAAAGGUAGCUACUGUCAAUCGGGGUAAGAGAAAUUACACGCGGGGAGGGGGGGGGGAACUUUUUUUCUGUACUGAUGCUUUCAAAAGGAAAGACUGAUACUUGAGUAUGUGAAGUACCUCAGAUCACUGAGUUCUCCUCACGUUUACAGGUUCAUCUCAAAAAAAUUGGGGAUGGAGAGGGUAGAUUAAAACUGUAAGGGGCAGAACAUCAAGUAUUUGUCCCUUACCCAGUCAGUCGGAUCUGCUUGGUAUGGCAAGGACGUUCCUUGCUCCUCCCUUGGAGAGGCAGGAGAAUCGAGGGCAGGUUCUCGCUCGGGGAAGGAUGGAUUGGUGUGUGAUAGCUGGAGUGCCGGGGUGGCUGUACAGACCCUCCCCUGCCUGCACUGAGGCGUGCUUUGGCCUCCUGAGAAGGCAGAGGAAAAGCACUUGGGGCUCCGUUGGCACCCACGGCCGAGCAGCCUGAGCUGGAGGAGCUCUAAAGGGAGGAGUGCGGUUGGGGGAAAGGUCUAAUGCACUGACAGUGUUCAGAGCUGCUGGAGGUGGAUGCACUAGCCCAGAUGGCUUACUUCCACAGCGCUGUUGCUGCUGUAAUGAGAACUGCAAAAUUAGUUAAUAUAUGAAACUAUCCCUUUUCCCUCCUGUCCACCUCAUCCACCACAUGUUCUCAUCUUCGUUGUAUCGGAAGCGUCAGGGAUGCUGGGCAGAGUUACCACUGGAAAACCCCCUUCCCCACCACACAGCCUUCACUCAGUUCGUACCUAUUUCUAGUGGUCUAGCACGGGUGCUGCUUGAUGGUCUAUUGUGAGUAGUUUGGGGCUCUCGCACAACUUGCCAGUGUUGUUAUUGGGGUGGGUGGGUUUGGUUUUUGUUUUUUUUAAGCUCUAGAUUGUUUUUAACUCAACUCGUUACCAGGUUGACUCCCCAGUUCAGUUUCCUCACCUGGAGGACCCAUGGUAGGUAAGGCAGAGCCUCCUCCACGCGCCCUCGCUGCUGCAGGAUCCCCUGACCAGUCCCUACUCUUGGCCUAACGCUAACACUUCACAAUGGUGGCUUCCUGGGAUUUGUUCUAGCACUUACCGCGCUCGCAGGCUUCCAGCUUCCCUGCCUAUGAAGGUGUUGUAGGUACAUCGGCACACAGGGCAACCACAGCCAUCUUUUUGUAUUAAUUCCUGUAUUUUAAAGGCUAGACCAGAAACUCACGCUGUGGCACAGGGAACUCCUCUGCCCGAGAUGUGACAACAAGUGUUACAGCACUGUCUUGGGGAGCUCCCACCGGAUCAUAGCCCCUGAUGCCUAUUGACAAUCCCAGAAGGAAAGCAGUCGUGUGGUUGAAGUUGUCUUCCAUGCUCCUAGUGCUGGUUGUAGACUGUUGUGGCCUCAAAAAGCCGGUCUUCUGCGGAUGCGCACAACUCCCCGCAAUGUAAAUGUACUGGCAAGUGGGAAGACUCAAAUAACUGUUGGUUUGUGAGAGAAAGAAAACAAGGCCUGAUACCUGGCUGCAAAUACCUGUUACCCUGCAUGCUGCUGCUCACUUCACACGAGUGGUGAUGAUAGAGGGUCUGGCUUGCUUUGCACCUUAAAUCUUUUAUUUUUUGCUAAAACGCUUUUUAAAUUUGUUUUUAAAGAAGUGUGACUGUGCUGCUUUUAGUUUGGGAGUUUAGAGUUGAGCUGGGGCACAGGUGUGAAUUCAGAAGAUGGGCACGUCCAUUUCUGUCUAGAACCGUGGCCCUGUUGGUGCUUGGAAGCAGGCUGGGCUGUCUCAGCACGGCCCUGGGGUUUUUUUCAUGGAACAUGGCAAGAGAGGAGCCUGAAAAACCUUUAGAAAUGGGCUGGUGUGUGAGAAUCCUCAUUUUAUUACUGGUCUGUGGUAAGCAAGUUUGCGUCAGGAUGGAUGAAUGCACAACUAGUGGAGCAGUAUGUGAGGUAAAAUGGACCACGUUGAGCUUCACUGUCCAAGGGAGUGAAAUGGUGGAAAAAAACCAACCAAACAAAAGCAAUCCAUCCCAACUGAUAGGCAUUAAACUAAAUUAAUUGUCAGUUUUACUCCAGUGUGCUGGUUCCUAAGCAGGGAGAAAUGGAAGUCCAGCAUGGAGUUACUCAUCCUGGCUUGGCAGUACCCACCAAAACCUGCUGUCUAGUUCUGUGGUAGGAUCUUCAGCUUGUCCAGGCCCUCGUGCAGCCCUCGGGUCAGUGGGGUGGGGAAGGCUGUGCUGGGGCUUUUCAACAGCACUGCUCAGCCCAGCGUAAGGCAAAGCACCAAACUGUUAUCUCCUAGACUUUACCGAGGGCUUUUCUGGUUUACCUUAUCUCUUUCAGUCAUCUUUACUGAAGGUUUGUAUCGCCGCACGCCAAACUAACUGCCUGGGGAAGGGUGACCUGCAAAGGGGAGAGGGCUUAUGGUAUUGCUUCACGUGGCCUGUCAAACAAUGGGGAGGAUGGAGAAGGUCGGGGAGGUUUCUUUGGGGCAGAAGGGCAGCUCUUGUUUGCCCUGGCAGACAAUUGCGUGGUUUCAUCAUUCUACUACUACUCCAGCCUAGGGCAAGCGGACUGAAACUGAAGUGAUUCUCAGGGGAAAGGUAUUUUAACCAGAAGAUUUUAAGGCUCUUAGUCCAGUUCUAAGUCCAGUCUAUUUUGAAAGAAGACUUUUUUCUUUUUUUUUUUUUUCCUGAAUGCCAGUCUUCCAGAAAAGCUCCAGCAAAAGUGAUAGAAUAGGAAACAACUCCUGGAAUUUCUAACGACUAAAACGCCCCUCUUUUAGCCCCAGCAAAGGACUGGUUCCCCUCCAGUGGUCAUAUCACACAAUCACAGAAUCUUAGUGGUUGGAAGGGACCUCCGAGAUCAUCGAGUCCAACCCCCCAAAAAAACCACAAACACCACAACCACCACAAAACCAACAAACCCAAAACCACCACCCACC